AUGGUGUCGAAAUCGGAGGCUGGAGCGUGGAGACCAUGCGGUGAUUUUCGGAGACUUAAUGCUCAAACAGUCCCGGACAAAUAUCCGAUCCCGCAUCUACAAGAUUUUGCAAUCACGUUACAAGGAGCGUCAAUUUUUACGAAGUUGGACUUGAGAAAGGCUUUUCAUCAAAUUCCUGUGGCAAAAGACGACAUCCACAAAACUGCUGUGACUACACCGUUCGGUUUAUUCGAGUUUACUAGAAUGCCCUUCGGUCUAAGAAAUGCAGCGCAGUCCUUCCAGCGACUUAUAGACGAAGUACUGCGUGGCUUGCAUUUCACAUUCGCUUAUAUUGACGAUGUUCUGAUUGCGAGUAGGAACAUCGAAGAACACACCGAUCGUGGAACAGAAAGAAGUGCGUUCACUUCAAAGCGGUUUGUUAGCAAGACUUCAAAACUGAUUUCUUGGAAACCUUUAUCUUAUUUCUCGGAAUUGUAUCAUCGUAUUUGCAUCCUGACUGCAACGAAAGAAAGAAGUGCGUUCACUUCAAAGCGGUUUGUUAGCAAGACUUUCAAAACUGAGAAACAGCCUUUCAAGAGCAUCCUGUUGAAUUGCAACAAUUUUCAUGGGGAAAUUCAUCUAAGAAGCAAUACCACAAAGAACAUCUGA